ACUGUUGUCAGAGAAACGGCGACGCUCUGUAAAAUUCAAUUCGUUUUCUUGUUUACUUGAGAUUCUAGACUCUAGAUCUAGCUUAGAUCUUGAUCUAGAAUCUAAUUGAAGAUAAAAUGUCUGACGACGAAACCGAACAAAUUAUUGGAAACGAAGAAGAAGAUGGCAUUGAAAUAGAUAGAGAUAAAGAUGAAGGUGCAGAAGAUAUUCAAGGCGACGAAGAAGAUCAUGUAGAAGAAGAAAAAAUUCAACCUAAUCCUCUAUCACAAGAGCUUAUAGCAGACAGCUUGUCUUUGCUUUGUAAAACUGGGGAUGGCCUGUCACAUGCUUAUGCUCAACUCGACAUUCAUGAACGGGAACUUACAAACAUUGAUAUUCUUAAGUCAUUCAUUCAUCUCCGGUAUGUUGAUAUUAGUAAAAACAUGUUAAAAGAUAUAUCAGCUUUAAACUACUUAACACAGCUGUUGACAUUGAAAGCUGAAGAAAACUUACUAACUUCUGCUAAAUUGGAUGAAAUGCCAUAUUUACAGGUUGCCAAUUUCAGUCACAACAAAAUCACCACAACAGAAGGAAUUAACCAUCCUAUGUUAGAGCAUAUAAACCUUAAUCACAAUAAUAUACAAGAAGUUACUGGAUUAGAAGCAGGGAAGUUGUCUAGGUUGCACACACUUGAGCUGAGAAACAAUAAACUUAAAAGCUUGGAAGGGAUCAAUUUGCCCAAUUUAAAAAAUUUGUUUGUGGCAUCAAAUCUUUUAAAGAAAAUUGAAGGGAUGUCUCGACUUCCUGGUCUGAACACAAUUCAUCUCAGAGAAAAUCAAAUAGAAUCCCUGGAAGGGUUUUCUGAAUUGCAAAUGAAUUUGCAAUAUAUAAACUUAAGGGGAAAUGCCAUCCCUAAUGUCAGAGAGGUGACCAAAUUAAAAGUACUUCCAAUGCUUAGAGCGGUGGUUUUGUCUGAGAACCCUUGUGCAGAGGAAGAUGAUUACAGGCUGGAGACUUUAAUAGCAAUAAGAACAUUGGAAAGAUUAGAUAAAGAUGAAUACAGUCCAGAAGAACGAUCAGAAGCAGAGGAAAUUGCAGAGAAGAGGCGUGCUGAAGAAGAGGAAAAAGCUAUUUUGGAAGCACAAAUUAUGGAGGAAAUUGAGCUGACAGAGAAGACACUUAGGGAAGAUUUUGAGAAUGCUGAAGAUAAUUUUUAUGCUGAGGGAGAAGAAACUGAACAUUUUGAAAGUACUCUUGGUGAGAACCCUGCAGCCCCAGAAUUUUAAUGAUUGAUGUUUCCCAAUGUCAAUGUACAGUACCUGUGGUCAACUCAAUCUGCUUGGACUAUGAGGAUUUGUCUAAGUGAAAUUUAGUAUGUGAUGCUAAUAGUGGUGACAUUGUUAUUUUGUUUCUACUUAUAAAUUUAAAAAAAUGUUACUAAGUAAGGCUUUAUAUUGCAUGUAAAUAUUAUUAAAUCUAUAUUUAAAUGAGGACAUUAAAAAGAAUUAAUAAUUUGUUGAA